CACGCGUGAACGGCUUCUGCAAGGCGUUUUUGUGGGAUUCUAAUCGCGGCGACUCGUUUCGUAUUAUACGUGUGCCAGAUAAAUAUAUGCCUUCCUCCUGUGCUCCACGGACCACGUGCUCGGAAUGCCAAGUUUACUUUUACAUACUUACUUGACGAACGCGUUACGCCUUCCAUUUUCUCUCUCUUUCUCUCCCUCUCCUUCUCUCUUGAAUAUCUUUUAUUUUUUCUCCCCUUUUUUUCCUCGUUUAUUCGUGUGCUAUCGUUUCUUCCUACGUGUCUAGAUACGUACAUAUAUGCGUGUGUAUAUAUAUAUAUAUAUAUAUAAAUCUAGACACACACGUACGUAUGAAUGUAUGCCAGGGAAAGUAUAGAUGGAACGUCGAUUCUAUAAAGCAAAGAAUGUUCGAUCGAUUCUUAAAAGGACCUUGCGAGGAACGAUCUUGCGUAGGAUUUGUCGUAUCUAUAAGCUGGAUUGAGAUAGGCCUUGAUCCUUUUUUUCUUUUCUUCUUUUUUCUGUUUCUUCUGUUUUUUUCUUCUUGAUCAACUUUUCUUAAUGAAAUCAAUUUAAGAUAGAAUAUUAAUUAAUCGAUAUGAAUCUAUAUAUCUCCGUACUCGUUACGAUCAUAUCGACGGCAUAAGUGCGUUUAAUUGUGACGAACGAUAAUCGUUAUCUUGAAGGAAGUAUUAUUUUAGAUUACACGGUUUUAGAUUUAUUAUUCAGAAGACUCAAGGGUUGGAAAAUAGGAAAUAAAACAUCCACUAUAGUAUGGUUUACCACACUAUCGUGGCAACUGGUAGCGGCAAUCUUUUCCAUAGAUAGCUAUGAAUUCCCAUGGGUUCUCGUGAAUUCAUGGCUACGCCAGGAAAUUCACUAGAUAUAUCCAGCUAGUCUAUAAGUGAUUUAAUGAGCGCUCCCGGCGAUAAAGAGCGAGAUUCCUUCGGUCUCUUGGAUAACUUUCAACCUAAUUAUCUUAUCACGGUUAACGUAGCAUAGUUCGGAGAUCUUUCAGGUGAUCUUAAUAAAAACUAGACUUUUCUUUUUAAUUCCUAGUUUCAUUAUACUGUUACCGUAUUAAAAACGACGUGAUUAACGACAUACAUACAAAAAAUAAAUGAUGAGUAUAAUCUUUGAUUAAAACGUCGAAGCCAAUAAGAAAAAGAUAAGAAUAAAAAUCUUAUAAUUAGAAUUAGAUUUUCAAUCUAACUGUCUCGUCGCAAUUAACGUAAAGCAUAGAUCGAGGAUCAUCUCGAAAUUGUAAACAAUGAUCGAUGAACAUGUUUUUUCUUUCUUUUGUCAUUUAAUUUUUAUAUCAAUUAUUUUAUCGUCGUAUCGAGAAAGAUACGAUCGAGAUAAAAAAGAAAACGCGAUAGAUAUCAUUUUCGAUGGAAAAGAAUCAACGAGGAAGGAUAAGAACAAAGAUCUUAGAAUUGGGCCUUCACGUGAAAAUCUGGACCGGUUCUUGUUUGAGUUGUCCUCUUGUACCGCCAUUCGCGGAAUGUGCCGACACGAGAGAUCGAGUCUCGGGUCACGACGGACAAAGCGAAAGUGAGUCGCUCGUCUUCCUCUUUAAGCAUCCACGUCCACCUCCACCUCCUUCUUCUCUUACUUCUUGUUCUCUUUUUUCUUCUUUAUCCUCGUGCUUACCUUAGCGAUCUUUAUCGGUACGUGAGCGAUUCGAUCCAAAUGAGUUCGGUCCAACGAUCGAUGACUCUGAAAUAUCUUUAAUUUUAAGUUCGUUCUUUUUUCUCCCUCCGUCUUUUCCAUUUUCCUUACUACCCCCUUUCUCGAUCUUCCCUCCGAUUUACUCGACUCAUCUCUCCACUGAGUCACCUUCUUCUUUUCUCCUCUCUCAUGCGGCAUAGAGUUUAGAAAUAAUUGAAUCGUAAUUAGUUAGCGAGGACGGGAAUAUCCUUUCGUUUUCCUUCCGAAACGCGUGCAAAGGCAAUAGACGUUAUAAGAUAAAUACUACAUAGCACGUAGGCAAACAUAUUACGAGCAAGAAACGAUAGGUGAACGGGUAUGCAAUAAAAUGCAGGGAACAAUUAAUGCCGUGCCCGACGUAAAUACGUAGGUAUGUAUCGUAUAAGUUGGUACGUAUAAGCAACGUGAUCGGUAUAAGCCGUAUUACCGGCAGUUUAAAUCUCUAAGUAAUUGCCAAUUAUACGCAUAAUAAGCAGUUAAAAGUGAAAUUAAUUGCCUUUUGCAAUAAUGAAAUCUUAUUUGCUCGUCCUCAUCUUUAAGUAUGAGCGCCCCUUGCAAAAGACGGGAACCAUUCGGUCCUAUCCAAGGCGAAAGAAUUCGAUUUUCCAUUUUUAACGUAAUUUAUCGUUCUUCCAUUUGAGAACGAUUCGAAGAGACCCUAGACGUUCUAUAGAGACAUACAAUCGUAUUUUUUGUCGAAUCAAAAGAGCUAUAAUACUCUUCUUCUUCUAAACGUAGUGAAUCAUUCUCCUAUCUCGCGAGCCAUUCACGGAAUGCAAAGGGAACAAAAGCGAAAGUGAUUCGAUAGGAGGAGGAGGAGGAGGAGUGCGUAAACGGUCAACUCGUCCAUGUAUUUGUUCAUCCGUGGAUAAUAGCGUGGGUGCGAAAUACGUUUCCAUUCUCGAAAACGUUGCCGAACAUCGUCUAAGUUUUGAAAGGAAGCUGAUUGCGAUAUCGAGUACGAGCGAUUGUUUCUCGAGCGAGUAUAACCGAACAUUUCGUAAUAAACUGAAAGUAUCUAUGUGCUCGUAUGAAAUUGAAUUUCGCGAAACGACGGCGUAAUCUUUGAUGAUGUUAAAAAAUGCGAUUGGAAUCGUUCGUCGCGACGUUGAAAGAAAAAAAGAAAAAAAAAAAAGAGAGAAAAGAGGAAACACAUGAAGUGAAAACACAACGAAGAAUGAUAUUGAUCCGCGUUACGAUCGUCGCGUAACAAUGUUCUCCUCGUGCUCGAUUAUUGUUUGUAAACUUGAAAGGACGAUAUCGAUCGACUCGACCUAUGUAAGGUGAUACGUCGUAGUUUGUAUUAUUCAUAAAUGAUAAUUCACGAUCAGUCUCAAUGUGUCGAGCGAAGCGUGAGUACGUACUCCCUCUCUUCUCCGGUUCGCGAAAAAGAAUUUAGUGAUUCCAUUGAACAAGAGGAAGAAGGUAGUCAGCGUGGAGGAAGAGGACGAGGACGAGGACGAGGACGAGGACGAAGACGAAAAGGAGGAGGAGGAACGUAGUUCUCCAGUUGAACGAGAGCGAUAAGCCAAAGAAAAGGAAAGUGAGAUGGAAGAUGGAUAACGAAUGAUAUUCAUCGUCAGAAAGACGACUAGUCCGGAAGAUGGGUAACAACGGUAGUUCCCAUCAACAGUGUCCCUCGAACGGGCUAUCUCAAGAUAUGGCACGAGGAUGGACUCAAACCUUCCCUCGGGAACUAUCGAGACACCAUUCGCAGCCACCUGGCCAUAAGGUCCUCCCAGAGCCACCCAAUCAAAGGCUCCGUGCCACCAAUAAUGGUAGUAUUAUUCACAACGGCGGGACCAUAAGUGGACGCAGACCUUCGGCACAGACAUUGCCACACGAUCUUAAUAAGCAAGGAGUCUUUCGUAGCAGAAGCACAUCGGCAUCGAACAUCGGUGUGUCUAGAUCACGGAAGUCCGAUCAUCAUUGUUGUCAUUAUCAAAGCGAUUCUCAUUGCAUGGAUAAUGAAAUGCAGGAACUGAAAAGAUUUGGUAGCGAGCCAGACCUGAGGUAUUCGCCAACGGAACGCUGCAGUACGACUAGUAGACAACACCACGGUCUAGAACGUCGUCAUUGUACAGGUUAUUAUCCUGAAAGGGAUUCCAGAGAACGGGAGAGUCGAUACAAAGGCAAGAAAAAGUACAAAGCACCGGCACCACCUGGCAAUGCAAUGGCUGACGGUUCGUCACCUGAUUCUUACAAGUGGGAGCUUGGUCAGGAUAGCCGUUGUAGGCACGAGGAAGAAGUCCAGCCGCCACCCAGAAGGUCACGGCUUUUUAAGACUAGAGCGGAAACGAAGAGGGCACAGAUCAACUGGAUGUCCAACUCGUCCACGCAAUCCCACCUGGAACGUAACGAGGCAGCCCACGAGAACGAAAGAAGGUGGAGGAACGAGCGUUCCUCCAUUAGCGAGAAUAAGAGGCCAUCCUGGCGGGAACAGGAUCAACAACAGCAGCCACAACAGUCGCAGUCGCAGCAACAGCAACAACAGCAGCAGCAGGAUCGAUGGUGCAGGGACGAGUUGAGACGUUCGAAAAGAUUCGACGGCAAAAACACGCUUCAAAGGAGUAUGAGCAGUCCCGAGUUUCAGGCGGAACUGAUGCAGGUAGCUAGGAAAGUGAGGAAUAAGUUGAACUGUGGCAGAAAAUCGGCUAGUCCCCUUGAUCCCUCUAACGUUGCGUCCUUAGAACGUAAGAACGUGGAACUUUCGAAGAGCACGAAAGAAAAGUCAAUCAGCGAGGAACAUAAAAAGACGGAAAAGAGAAAUUCCAAGACGACGACCGUCGAGGAACGAACUGUCGAAGAUAGAAUCGUUUCGCGCAUGAACGAGGAUAGGAGGCUUAUAGUCGAGAGGUGUAGCAGAGUGGAAAACAAGACGACCUCGUACGAGGAACGUAGGAACGAUGUGGGAAGGAACAAGGAUGGCUCGAAGGAACGAGAGGAUAAUGCUGUAGUUAAUAAGAAGAGAAACAUUGAGAGAACUUCGACGAAUUUCGAAGACGAAGCUACGAAUCAAGGCAGAAAGCCAUUGAAGGAGAGGCUCGAUACGCUUGGACAUUCCAUCGAAGAUAGAUUCUCGGACAAGCAAAGAAGAGACUUGGAAGAUUAUCAGAGAUCAAACGAUCUAUCGAAAAAUCGAAAGUUUGAGGAUAUCGUCGAUAUUGGAAGAAGCAGAUCGGAAAGUCCGAUAAGACAUCGCGGUAGAGAUAAGUUCGAUGCUCGAGGACAAGGAUCUGGUAGGGAAAGUACACCGGAACCGCAGGAACAUAAAGGAAGGGACAAAGAAAACUCAGAUCCCAAGUGGUGUAAAAGAGAGACAAAAACGAAUGACACUAAGAACAUUGAAAAGAGAUGGUCGGAUGGUGAGACGUUGAUAGAGAAGAAGGAUGCAAACGCCAAAGAUAAACUCACGAAAAUUUCAGAAACGAAGGAACCAGUCGAAAACUGGCACAUAUUACCGCGUACGGAAAAGUCAACGCCAAAGACCUUCUAUUUUGGCAUGGAUGAGGCCUUAUCCAAAGAAUCACGAAAUAGCGUAGACCAACAAAUGCACCACAUCCAGUCGAGAUUGCAGGUUAGAGAAAUCAACAGAUCGAACGAAUACAUCAUGGACGACGGCGACGAAAUAAAAAGCGGACCAGAGGAUAUAUCGUUGAAACUUCGACCUACGCUACCGAAGAAACAAUUAGAAAUACCAAGAUUUUCUCCCUCGGCAGCAUGGAGAUUAUUAUCCGCGUUGGAAGCACCUGGACCAACGAUGAGUACAGCUAGCGAAGAGAUUCCCGUCAUGUUUGAAGAAAGGAUCGAACGUUUAUCGAGGCCACCUCCGCCAUUGAUAGCUUUGGGACCUCGAAGUUCGCACGACAAAUCAGGGGAUUCAGGUAUUUCGGGAGAUGCCGGAGCUGCUAACGACGAUUCUCUAGACGUUAGCACGACCAACAGAAUAAAGACACCGGCAACGAGACCCACGUGGACUCCUCAGCAAGAUCUGGGCGAAGAAUCGAGCAGCGAUGCUGGCGUAGAUUCUCCACCUCCGAUUCCAGCACCGUUAAAAUUUACACCGAAAGCUCACGUCUUUUCUCUUUCCUUGCCACGUGACGACAACAGGAUGUACCUUUAUAAUCCCGAAGCGAAGGGUAAGGAAGGAUCAGCGUUCAAUUCGUUGCAAAAACUAAAAAGAUCGAUGUCAGGAGCAUUCGGACUCGGUCCGUUGGAUCUCGAAAGGAAACGUGCCGGCGACGUGCUCGAUGACAAUUGGCUAUUGUCCAGUAGUGCACCUACCUCCUUGCAACUCAAUCAAAUUACGGACGUGACUCGAUCUUCGCCUUCUGGAUGGAAACAAGGCUUUGACGAUGAGGACGUUGAUGGCGACGACGACGACGACGACGAUCAAGAAGAUUCCGAAGAUAGAAACGACUUCCCUGUAAUCAUGAAACCUCCGUCUUUUUCUUAUUUAGCUUCCGGUGGUCAUGUCAUGUAUUUACCAGAAGCCAAUGGUACGGUGGUGUACCAACCACAGAGUUUGAAUUACAAGAACAACGGUCCUCUGAAGAAACAAAAUUUUGUUAAUUCCGUAUCGAAGUAUAGAAAGAAUGUCGUGGACGAUCUACAAAGAUCUUCUACCAUCGAGGAAAAAUCGCAAAAGUCAAAAAACUUGAGAUCCUUCGGGGAAAGGUCUUCCUUCGCAGAGAGAGGUAUUAAUUCGCAUAAUAGAUUUUCGAACUUUUCAAAGUCCUGCGAAAAUAUAUCCGAGAUGAAACAGAGAAGCACAUCGCCUACCGUCGAGCAAUCACAGAACGCGCAAGACAAUAAAGAAUCGUCUUCUGAAAUCAAAGCGCCAACUAAACAUAGUUCGAAAGGUAAACGAUUUACGUUUCAAUCAACCGUUAGGCAAAUCGAAAGACGUAGGUUGGCUGAGAAAUUAUCUCGCGAGGCUGAAGCCAAAGAACGUCAGAGGAAAGGAGAGCUCGAAGCUAUGAGGAAAGUCGAGGAAGAGUUUCAACGGAAACGGGCAAGAGAGAAAGCGAAUAUUAGACAACAGCUUCGAUUGUAUAAUAUGGAUGAACAUCUCAGUAGUUUGCCUUCUGCAUGGGAUACGUCGCAAUUGUCUCGAGCUGAUCCCGAUGGUGCACCGUCAUCGUCAGCCUCGUCACCAACAUCUGCUCCGCUUGGUACCCUAACGGCGAAUCGUAAGAAUAGCGUUAGCAGCGACGAGCAUCAUAGAAAAAGAGGCGCUAGUUCUGAAUCGAAACAACAACAGCAAAGAGAGUACAAAGAUUAUCGACCGAAAUACUACGCUUGGACGCCGGAAAGUUCAUCUCAUUUAGAGUAUAAACAGACCACUGUACAUCCAAAAGUCAUUUGCGAUAUUCCAAAGAGUUCGGCGGUCUUUGUCGAUGCAAAUGUCCACGGUGGCAAAGCUACGAAUCUAAAUUCGACGCCUAGAUCCGAUAAUUACAGAAAGGAUUUCGCUCAUGGUGCCGUUGCAGCGAGGUCAUCCUUAGCCAGCAGCGAUAGUGAAUUAUCGCAACCAAAUACCAGGCCACAUUCUAGGCAAACAGGAGGCAAAGGCAAACCUCUACGUUCUAGGUCGGCUAGCCCAGAACGAAGCGAGGAAGCCGCCAGUUCGGAGGAUGAAAGCCCAGUGGAACCAAUCAAGCAAGAACGGAAUCCCAUUAAUGGCUUUAUAUUAAACGGAGUCCAACCUUUUGUGAGGGAGAAGAGCUAUCGACCCAUUUCCUUUAAUCCUCAACCACCCCAGCCCAUUCCAAGUUAAAUGUUUAUUUUAUAAUUGUGCAAACUUCUUCACAAAAAUUAAGGAUAGGUACGAACCUAUUCUUUUUUUAUAUUUUUUUUCUUUUUUUUUUUCCUUUUUUUUUGAAUAUUUACAAUAAGGAUCUAUAAUAAGAGAGAUGUAGAAAAAUUAAAAAAAAAAAAAAGAAAUAGGGUACAAUUUUAUUGGAAAAUUAAAAUUUAUUAUAGAGAGAUGCUAUUUUAUAUAUAAAAAGAAUUCUUUCUUUUAUACAUAAAAAAAUAUUCAAUCUGUAAGUGUAACUAAUGUCAAAUAAUGAUUUAUCAUGUAACAAAUAACAUGAUCUAACUCCUAACCAAAUGUGUUCCAUGUAAUUCUUGAUACAUUCGUUUAGUAUUUAAACUUAAGAUAUGAUAGUUUGUAUAAGUACAACAACGAAUCAAAGAUUGUUAGCAUAUGGUAAAUGCGCUAUUGCAUUAUAAAUUAAUGCAGUUUAACGAAACUGUGUGCCGAAUAAUAGUUACAUCGAAUACACUAUCCCAAGUGGUUUAGGGUCCAUAUUUUGUAAUUAUGUACAGGUAACAUGUGCAGCAAAUUUAUGCUAAUGAAUUGUACUCGAUUAAAUAAUUACGUUGUUACGA